CCCAUGGCUUACGGAGGUUCCCAGGCUAGGGGUUCAAUUGGAGUUAUAGCUGCUGGCCUACACCACAGCCACAGCAAUGCCAGAUCCAAGCCACUGCGGCCUAUACCACAGCUCAUGGCAACGCUGGAUCCUGAAUCCACUGAGUGAGGCCAGGAAUCGAACCUGCAACCUCAUGGUUCCUAGUCGGGCUCGUUUCUGCUGCCCCAUGAUGGGAACUCCUAAACAUAACUUUUGUAUGCUUCUGUGAUUUGCUAUAUUGCGAUAUUCUCUCUCUCUCUCUCUCUCUUUUUUUUUUUUUUUUAAAUCUGGAACUAGACCUCCAGUAUCUCUGACAUAUGCUUGUCUUUGUAAUAAUAACACAUGCAUAACUUUUUUAAAACCACCAGGAAUAAGUCAUUUUAGCCAAAGUCUAAUUGCUUGAAUUCCAAAACUAACUCCAGGAUCCCAAAUACCUAUUUCACCUAAUUUUCAAGGCACCUGGAGAGUACUUCCUAGAUAUGAAUGGGGAGAUGGUCUCAGAAAACUGUGUAUAGGGAAGGAAAAAAUACCUGCUAUCACAUUGGCAUAGCCUUAUUAUAACCCUGAAAGUAAAGAGACAGGGAGGAUCCUUACUUACAAUGCCAUAUGGUGGAAGGAACUGGGUCUUUCCUGGCAAACAUCUCUGGGAAUAAGCAAGAAGAAGGUACAGAACCCCUCAAAGGAGCUAUUCUUCAGUUUAUGAUUAAGAGAUGCUAUUAUUCACACACAGGUCUAAAAUUCACACGGGAAAUACUAUAAUUUGUUUUUUUUUUCCCUUGGUUUCAAAGUAGGAAUUCAAUAAGUUGAAAAAAAAAGUCCAUUUUAAUUUUUACUGUUACUGUGCAAUAUGUAUAUACUAUAUAGUGAAAUAUUUUCUAACAGAAAAUAUGUUUUUCACUCAGAAAUGACUAUGUCUUUGACUAGAAUACUGACUCAGUAAAACUAUAUUAUAUAUUUUAUAUUGUUAAAAAUAAAAAACACCAUAGAUCAAAAUCAGCUUUCAAAAACUCAAGAUUAGCAACAAUUCAUUAUCUAAAAGAGAAAAACCACCCUAUUUACCGAACUGUCUUUAUCAACCCAUUUACAAUGAUCAUUUGCUACUCAAAUUUAAGAAGAUAUUGUAAUUACCCCAUUUAAUGAAUUAAUUUUAUCCUUUAUUUUUUAAAUUGAGAUUUAACUGACAUAACAUCAUAUAAGUUGGUGUAAAAUGUGUUGAUUUGAUAAUUUAUAUAUUGUAACACAAUUACCACUGUAGCAUUCACUAACAUCUCUGUCAUGUCACAUAAUUAUCAUUUCACUUUUGUGGUGAGAACAUUUAAGAUCUAGUCUCUUAGCAACUUUGAGGUAUACAAUAUACUAUGUAAUUACCUCAUUUCAAAAGCUAUAGUGAUACAGAUUUAUAUAUCAAACAAAUGUCUAUCUGUGUAUGUCUAGUAAGUGUAGGUUUUAAAAGAUAAUAUGUUUUAUUAUUAUAUAGAAGAGUGAAUAAUUGGGCAGAAAAGGGAAAAAUUUGCAUUAGAAGCUACAACAGGAGUUUUAUGGAAAAAAUAUAACAGGGUAUUUUAUGUCUUUAUGAGGGUAUACAUUAAUAUCUGUAUAAGUGUACAUUUGAAGCAGAUACUUUUCAUGGUUUGAAGGAGGUGUGGCAGUAUUCAAAUCAUGUAAAUCUGAAUUGUCACAUAACCCUGGGUCAAAGAUACAUUGCUUAAUGCAUUCAGGAGGUAAGAUUUCUAAGGCAUAUAAACUGCUUGAUUUGCAGAAUAGAAUAAGCUACAGUCAACUCUUCAACUACUUAGUUCUCAAUCAGGGAUAAAUCAUGUUCUCCUUUUUUCUUCCUAUCAUUAUAAAAUUGUAAUUAUUAUUCUGUUCAGGGUCAUACUACAUUUUCUCUACUCACUCAUUUCAUUUAAUAAACACUCACAUAGUACUUCUGGGGCAGGCACUGUAGCCUCCAAUGAUGGGGGGAAUCACAACUGUUGGGCUCAGUGCUAGACCUCCAGCACUUUGCCUGGCACUGACUUAAUUUAUGCAGCAAAUAUCAAUUAUUUGAGUAGAUAGCUUACAUCUGCUUACCCUGCAGGAAGUACUAUAGCAUAAUGGUUCAGUGUACAGAUGACGGAGUUUGGAAUUCUGGCUCUACUAAUUAAAUGACUUUGGGCAAGGUACUUUAUCACACUAAGCCUCAGUCUCCGCAUGUGUCAAAUGGGAGAAAUAACAGCAUUGACGUGAUGGGGUUAUUUUCAUGAUUAAAUAAGAUACCAUCGAGUGCUUAGACAAACACUUGGUGGUGAGGUAAGCCCUUGAAAAAUCUUAGCUAUUAUUAUUAUUUUCUUCCUGCCAUAUUUAUCUAGAAACAUGGAUUUAAACAACUUAAAUUCAUGGUAAAAAAUUAUACCAGGAUACUAUUUCUAUUUUCUGAGCUACUAGGCAAAUCGACUAGUUCUAUGGAAACAUCUUCAGAAAGUUACCCAGUUUCUGUUCUGCUUUCAGAAUUUGGUUUAUGUCAUGUCUGCAGGUCUCAUGAAGAAACUGUAAACAUUUCCACGAUGCAUUCUUUGCCUUUUUAUGAAGCUUUCUUACUGAGAUCAUAAACCAAAGAGCUCACAGUGAACACUGAGGAGUUUUAACUAACCUAGCAUUAGAACCCUCAAAUAACAAUACAACUUUUUUGAGAUCCCAGUCCUCUCCUCUCUGGAGAGAACAGUUAAAUCUAGAAUUGGGAAUGACAUUAUGGAUAUCUGGUUAUGCUUUUUCUUAUAUUUGCCAUCUGGAGAGGCCCUUUUAAUGCUGUAACACUUGCUUAUUUUGUUUUUAAGUAUACUUAUGAGACUUUUCUAGGCCUAAUAUCAGGCAGAAUAUAUUAACAGAUUAGAGGAUGCUUUCCUUUCAAAAUAACUUUAUAAUUUCACAGAUUCUUAUGUGAGAAAAGAAGACAUAAUCAAAUUUAGAUAUAGAACAAUUUAGAUUAAUCUUUUAAAAUAAACAGAAGUCAGAUAACUAAAGUUAAAUCAAGGUGUUAACUGUAGCUGGCAAACUACAGACAUUAUUAAAUUGCACUGUCCCAAUUAUGGCUACUUUUCAAGAGUCCUCCUCUUUCCAUCUUUAAGAUGUUGAGGAAUGUUCUCUCCAGGACGGUAUUUCUUAUAUGAAAUCCAUUAACAAUGUCAACAGAUGCAGUGGUCAAAUGGUAUGAAAGUUUGAAAUUAUCUAUUAUAAAAAUAUAGUUUGUAAUAUUGUGAGUUCUCCUCAAUUAAAAAUUUCAAGUUAUCACAAUCUCAAAUAUCAAAAUGCUUUUAGUGUCAGCUGGCAGCACCACUUUAGCUGGUGAACACAGACUUCCAUCAUUCACUGUCAGCAUUGGUCUCCCAUUAGGUGGGGUCUUCAGGAACACAUCCUUCUCACAAAAUACAUCAGUCCUAUUUUUCCUGCCAAGUAAGCAGGCAUUAUUUUCUUUCCUUCAUAUUCUUUUACUAGUGUAGUGUAUUUUUUUUUAUAAAGUCUCUUUACCCAUUCAACUUUUAGUUUUUAAUUGAUUAUUUGUUCCUUCUCAAUGGAGAUGAUUAAUUAAAAAUCCCUGAGCGCAUAGAGACUGGAUAUUAGCAUUGGAAUUUCUUUCACAGAUUUUGAGAACUGGAAGAGAUAUGAGGUUAUCUAGUCCAUCUCACCCCUGCACAUUAACAAAGCAAGAAACUGAGUCAGUUAAGCAGGUCAGGCUAACGUAGGGAGGUGAAGGCAGAUUAGUCUCUAGUUCUUUCUUCAGAGCUAGGAUGCUUCUGGAUGUGAAGUGCUAAUCACAUUUGAAGGGGCGGAGAAUAAAAGGACACUUGAGCUGUGCCUCUACAUACAAACCAGUGGGAAAAGAAAAACAGCACUUCAAGUGUAAACAAUCAAAGAGUAAAGACUGUGCACAUUCACUGAAAGUAGUUCAGUUUGAUUAUUCAUAGGACCUAGGUGUAGAUUUAAUUACUAACUUCUUUUUGACCUUACGUAUAUUAAAUACUCAGAUUGUUUUCACUUUUACAAGCCCCUAAAUCAAAUAUGGCAAAAAAUGGCUUUAAAGACAUUUAUUAGCUAAGGAAAAUAAUCAUAGAUUCUCCCAACAAUAAAUGUAUUUCUGCAAGCAGCAACAGGCACUUUGGGAAGUCUUAUUCCCCUGCAUGGUUUUAGCAUUGGCAAAGUAAAACUAACUCCAAUUUAGUCAUCUACAAUACUGAAGGAAACUUCUUCAUAGGAAUAUUAGUGAGUCAUCUCUUUAAGAUUUUUUUUGUUAGGUACGCCAUUUGAUAUUUUGCCUUUUUUGUUUUGGUUUGAGGAGGGUAGGAUAGACACUCUCUAAAAAGUAACAUUAAAAUGGUAUUAUACCAGAGUGUUUGCUUCUCAGGGGUAGGUUAUAUACUUUCAUAAAUUAAAAAAGGAGGGACCUUUUAUAACACUGAUAUGAAAAGAAGAAAUACCCACUUGACCCUGAUAUUGAAUUAAUUGGGUAAAGUUACAUUUUAGGGGAAUCAGUGUUUUAAUGAGUUGUGUUCACUCCAGGUUGAUAAGCCUGUGUCCACUCUACGGUCUCAAAAAUAACCAUCCACUAACUGAAUCACAGCCAAUAGAGGCUUUACUAAUUGGUAAAUACAUUCUUUAAUUCCGAUAUUCUUGAGAGUUGCCUUGUAAUCUUCAAAACUACAUGGAUAACACACAAAGAUCUGAACAAGCCUUCUUUGAAUCUUUUCUUGACUACUAUCAUUUUAGAGAAAGUGGGUAACCUCUUCAUGGAGAUUAUGGAGUGGUUCCCUAACUUCUGGGGGUGAAGGUGGUUCCAAUCCCUCUUCUAAUCCAAAUGAGUUGAAUCCAUGGACUUUAGAUCAAAAAUCUCAAACUGCCAGAUUAGUAUCCUAAAGUCAGAGAAGCUUAGAGAGCUGCUAAUAGUCACACAGCUCUUUUUGCCUGCCUAUACUACAGGUUUCCUGAUUUGGUGAAAACAAACUCUCCACUCCUAAAAUGCUUACAGGCAGAUACAUAUGGACAGCAAGAGCACAGAGAUUUAAAAACAGAGCAGAAAAAAUUAACUUGAACAGAAUGUGGCAUUUCCCUUGGUCUGUUGCUAACGGCCCACAUACAACAUGCUUUAAAAAAAAAAAAAAAAACCCAGGUUCAUCUUUUUAUCAUCAUUUAUAAAUGAUUCAAAUGGACAUUUAGAAUGUACGGCAUUGGGAAUGUAUCCCAUGUGGGGAUAAAUGGCAAAGAGCUUCAAUGUUCAGGGCUGUGGUUUUCAGGCUGAAGUUGAUGCAUAUUUGGGCUCUUCGCUUUGGUCAUGCUGUUAAAGCAAAAGAUAAUAUUUUUAAGUCUAUUUUCAGGACUCCAAAGCCAGUGACAUUAAAUAUUCCUUUUUGUAAGAAAAACAAUUAUGGACAUGAUUUUUUAAUGCCUUCAAGAAUUGAAGAUAUGAAAGAAAUGUGUAAAAAGGAAUUACUUCAUUCUCUUUUUAUUCUGCCCCUAAAAAAACUGAGUCAAGUCUAUCACACUUUGUUUCAUUAAAAACUAGAGACUGUGCCUCUGAACUGUUACUUUUGGGGUGGCUGUUUUCUGAAUAUUUUUCCAAAUAGAGUUUUUCACACAGAUUCUAUAGGUUGGAUAUCCCAUAUACUCAUACCUACUCUGCGUUAUAAUUUCAAACUUCUACAAACUUAGACAAGAAUCCAUAACCAGCCAAUGGUCUAUGAACCUGUUUUGAUGAUCCUGCUGUCAGCAAAAUUCCUAUUGAUAAUCUAAAGCAGUUGAAACAAUUUUCAUGGUAACACUGAAAACUGCAAAAAAGUCAUUGUGGCUGGGUGAAGUGAAAAACUGACCAAUCACAGAAUCUCAAGUAAUGGGGCUCAUGUCCCCAGCUUUUCUCAGUCUCAAGUUUUUAGUCCUGAAUAUUACACUUUAGGUAUUAUAUUUUAAUCAUUUCCUCAAUCUAAAAAUAGAAAUUAUUCAAUAGGAAAAAACAUCUUUAGUCUUUACUUCCGGCGAUUCUAAUAUUUCCUUGCUAACCCUUAUUUUAAUACUGCACACCUGGACACAUCACACAGUAUAAUAUAUGUAGUCAGGCUCUGGAGAAUUUAUUUCAAUUUACAUACAGUCCUUCCAAUCCUCUGGCGAGCUUGAUGUGAAAUCUGAGACAGCUACAUCUCCCCAGCAGGAUCUUCCUUUGCCUCUUGGCAUUAAUAGCCAAAGGCUCUAACUGCUCCUCCCGGGAGGCGCAGUGGGGCUAAAGAGUCGGGAAGAGGGGUGACUGCGGGGCUUGUUGCGCUGAAGAUUUACAAUGUACUUCUUGCAGGCGGCUCAGCAACCCCCUCUGUGGCUGUGGGUGUCUGGUGUGACAGAGCGGAGAAAAGCUCUCUAAUCUCCCAGUGCCUGCCUCUGCCGCUCAGUCGCUCCCCUCCCUCCCGCCUUCCCUGCCUCCUCGCGCUCUCUCGCUCUCUCCUUUGCCUUUCUGGGGAGUUUCAGUCCCUGAAUGCAGCCAGAGUAGCUUUGGCAAUCUAGACCUGGAGCCUGUGUAUAUAUGCUCACGCACACACAUGCACACUCACUCGCACACACGCACUCCGGCUCUCCCCACGGGGAUACAGAGCAAACCCGGAGCUUCGUCUACCUGAGGGGGAUGGCCCGGCCGGACACUUCUUGCUCACUUGUCAUCUCCAGAGGUCAGUGCAACGUCGGAACCAGGGAGGCUCGCUGUCCGGUUUGCAAUCUCACGCUGUUUGCCGCCACCACUGCUUAAAGUGUCCAGGCAGGCGGAGAAGGCUUCUCCAGGACAGAUUCCCCGUGCAGCUCUGCGGCCCUGGGACUUCACCCGGCUGGUUCACCCCGGUCUUUUUUUCCUGGCCAUUCCCUUGUCCCCGGCUACGGGGUGCAUGGCUCGGGCACCUCCGCUGCUGCCGCUGCCGCAGCUGCUGGGAGUACAUCCCACCCAGAGGACUGAACGCCGCCGCCGCUGGAGUGGGGAGAGAAAUCGGCAGCCCUAACUUCCCUCUCCCUCGCUCCCCCGUCCUUGCCAGCCAAGAAUCCGCUGGAAGGCUCCCGCGGAAAGCCAGGCGAAAGCUCGGUGCAGGGGACUGCUAGCUGGGAGCCGCAAGCGCACAAGGGCGGGGGCGGCAUGUGCCCCUGAGCCCUGCGCCCGCUGGAGAAGUAGCGCGCGUUGGGAGAGUGAGACGCUUUCCAAGUUGGGCGCGUCCCAGAGCUCGCCGCCCCGCACCUCGGCCGCUGGUAUCCGGAGAGAGGCGGGGCUGAUGGGGGGCGCCGAGGUUGCAGUCGCCUACGGCCAGAGCCCGUCUUAAAAGAACACGGGCCAGUCUCCCCAGGGUCCCAGCUGGCGUUGCGCCCUCGGCCCGCGUGCGCUCUCUGAUGCCUGCUCUGGCUGUGGCCCGAGUGGCCCGCCCGCGGGGGGUGCCGGAGGGGGCGGGGGAGGAGGAGGAGGAGGCGGUGUGAUGGCCCUGGACGGCGAGCGGGGGGAACAAGAGGAGGAGAAGAAAAAGAAGAAGAAGAAAAAGAAGAGGAAGAAGAAGAAGGAGGAGGAGGGGGCUAAGAAGAGCAGCUCACCCUUCGUGGCCACGAUGGGGGAGAACGACGCCGCGCUCCGGGCCGGCGGCAGGGGGCUCUCGGACCCGUGGGCGGACUCCGUGGGGGUACGACCCCGCACCACCGAGCGCCACAUCACGGUGCACAAGCGGCUAGUGCUGGCCUUCGCCGUGUCCAUCGUGGCGCUGCUUGCGGUUACUAUGCUCGCGGUGCUGCUCAGCUUGCGCUUCGACGAGUGUGGGGCAAGCAUACCGCCCGGCGCCGACGGCGGCCCCGCGGGCUUCCCAGCACGCGGUGGCAACGAGAGCCUUCCGGGUUCUUCACGGCGCGACCACCACGCUGGCGGAGAUUCCUCACAGCCCGGAGCAGGCAGGGAGGACACUCCUGAGACCCCGUCUGCCCAGCCGCCGUCGGAGGAGGAGCAAGAACAGUGGCAGCCAUGGACUCAGCUGCGCCUGUCGGGCCACCUCAAGCCGCUGCACUACAAUCUGAUGCUCACCGCCUUCAUGGAGAACUUCACCUUCUCCGGGGAGGUCAACGUGGAGAUCGCAUGCCGGAACGCUACUCGCUACGUCGUGCUGCAUGCCUCCCGGGUCGCUGUCGAGAAGGUGCAGGUGGCCGAGGACCGGGUGGCUGGGGCAGUCCCGGUGGCCGGCUUUUUCCUCUACCCGCAAACCCAGGUCUUGGUGGUGGUGCUGAAUAGGACCCUGGACGCGCAGAGGAAUUACAAUCUGAAGAUCAUUUACAACGCCCUGAUCGAGAACGAGCUCUUGGGCUUCUUCCGCAGCUCCUACGUGCUCCACGGGGAGAGAAGAUUCCUUGGUGUUACUCAGUUUUCACCUACACAUGCCAGAAAGGCAUUUCCUUGUUUUGAUGAGCCAAUCUACAAGGCUACUUUCAAAAUCAGCAUCAAGCAUCAAGCAACCUAUCUAUCUUUAUCCAAUAUGCCAGUGGAAACGUCUGUGUUUGAGGAAGAUGGAUGGGUUACGGAUCACUUUUCACAGACCCCUCUCAUGUCCACGUAUUACUUAGCCUGGGCAAUCUGCAACUUCACCUACAGAGAAACUACCACAAAGAGUGGGGUUGUAGUACGAUUAUAUGCAAGACCUGAUGCGAUCAGAAGAGGAUCUGGGGACUACGCUCUCCAUAUAACAAAGAGAUUAAUAGAGUUUUACGAAGACUACUUUAAAGUGCCCUAUUCCUUGCCAAAACUAGAUCUUUUAGCUGUGCCUAAGCAUCCGUAUGCUGCUAUGGAGAACUGGGGACUAAGUAUUUUUGUGGAACAAAGAAUACUCCUGGAUCCCAGUGUUUCAUCUAUUUCUUAUUUGCUGGAUGUCACCAUGGUCAUUGUUCAUGAGAUAUGUCACCAGUGGUUUGGUGACCUCGUGACUCCUGUGUGGUGGGAAGAUGUGUGGCUGAAGGAGGGUUUUGCUCACUACUUUGAGUUUGUUGGUACAGACUACCUCUACCCUGGCUGGAACAUGGAAAAACAGCGGUUUCUGACGGAUGUUCUCCACGAAGUGAUGCUGCUUGAUGGCUUGGCCAGUUCCCAUCCAGUAUCACAGGAAGUGCUACGGGCAACAGAUAUCGACAGGGUGUUUGACUGGAUCGCAUAUAAAAAGGGUGCUGCUCUAAUUAGAAUGCUGGCUAAUUUUAUGGGCCAUUCAGUAUUUCAGAGGGGUUUGCAAGAUUACUUAACCAUUCAUAAGUAUGGCAAUGCAGCCAGAAAUGAUCUCUGGAAUACACUAUCAGAGGCAUUAAAAAGGAAUGGAAAAUAUGUAAAUAUACAAGAAGUAAUGGAUCAGUGGACGCUCCAGAUGGGUUAUCCUGUUAUCACCAUCUUCGGAAAUACAACAGCAGAAAAUAGAAUAAUAAUUACUCAGCAACAUUUUAUUUAUGACAUCAGUGCUAAAGCUAAACCACAUGAACUUCAAAAUAGCAGUUACCUGUGGCAGAUUCCACUAACUAUUGUGGUAGGAAAUAGAAGUCAUGUGUCUUCAGAAGCAAUUAUCUGGGUGUCUAACAAAACAGAACACCACAGAAUAACUUCUUUGAACAAAGGAAGCUGGUUGCUGGGGAAUAUCAACCAAACUGGCUAUUUUAGAGUCAACUAUGAUUUAAGGAAUUGGAGAUUAUUAAUCGAUCAAUUAAUCAGGAACCAUGAGGUUCUCUCUGUCAGUAACCGAGCAGGUUUGAUCGACGAUGCCUUCAGCCUAGCCAGAGCUGGCUAUUUGCCUCAAAACAUUCCCCUGGAGAUUAUCAGAUACCUGUCUGAGGAGAAGGAUUUUCUUCCUUGGCACGCUGCCAGCCGAGCUCUUUAUCCUCUAGAUAAAUUACUGGACCGCAUGGAGAAAUACAAUGUCUUCAAUGAGUAUAUUUUAAAGCAAGUUGCAACAACAUACAUCAAGCUUGGAUGGCCAAAAAACAAUUUUAAUGGAUCUCUUGUUCAAGCAUCUUACCAACAUGAAGAACUACGUAGAGAGGUUAUCAUGCUGGCAUGCAGCUUUGGCAACAAGCACUGCCACCAACAGGCAUCAACACUUAUUUCAGAUUGGAUUUCCAGCAACAGGAACAGAAUACCACUAAAUGUUAGAGACAUCGUCUACUGUACAGGAGUUUCACUACUAGAUGAGGAUGUCUGGGAAUUCAUAUGGAUGAAAUUCCACUCCACCACGGCCAUUUCUGAAAAGAAGAUAUUGUUGGAAGCUUUAACUUGCAGUGAUGACAGGAAUUUAUUAAAUAGGCUUUUAAAUCUAUCACUGAAUUCUGAGGUGGUGCUGGAUCAAGAUGCAAUUGAUGUGAUAAUCCAUGUAGCUCGAAAUCCACAUGGCCGAGAUCUUGCUUGGAAGUUUUUCAGAGAUAAAUGGAAGAUAUUAAAUACCAGGUAUGGAGAAGCACUCUUUAUGAAUUCCAAACUUAUCAGUGGAGUUACAGAAUUUCUUAAUACUGAAGGUGAAUUGAAAGAGCUAAAGAACUUCAUGAAGAGCUAUGAUGGAGUAGCUGCUGCCUCUUUCUCAAGAGCUGUGGAAACUGUUGAAGCCAAUGUACGCUGGAAAAUGCUUUAUCAAGACGAGCUUUUCCAAUGGUUGGGAAAAGCUCUGAGGCACUAAUAUGUGUCUCUUAUAAACAAUUCGACUCAGAAUUUUUGGGAAGACCUGCUUUGUGUGGAAUGAGGAUAAUGGCCAGAUUUUCAGUGUUAACAUGCGGGAGGAAACUUUUCGUUUAAUUUUUGGUUCUGGGGGAUUUUUUGGUUUCAUUCAUUCUAUUUUGUUUCUCUACUGGGCCUUCUUUAAAGAAACUCUUGCAAAUGAAACUAGCCAUGAUUGCUUCAGCCAUACAUUCCUCGCUAUACAGGACCAAAUAUGAUAGUGGUGCAUGUUGAUGUGGCAGUCAGUACGGAAAAUCAUAUUCAGAAUAUUUUGUGCAUGGUCGUAUGGUCCUGCCUGUGUUCCAGCAUGCUUAUUUAAAAUGUCCAAUGUUGUAUGUGAAUAUAUGUUACAUCCAGGAUGGGCAUUAUGCAAAAGCACAAAGAUUAUCUAUGACAAUCAGUGUUGCAAUGAAAGAAAAACUUUAAGAAGGAGUUCUAGAGUUAGUCCUGGGCAAUAUGAGAGGUAAAAUAGCCCUUUAAGUGAUCAGUGUCACUUAUUUCAGCACUUGGAUUGUCUUGCAAUGAUUACUGUGUGGCUAACUCAUUUUCUUUGAGUUAAAACUGUGUAUACAUUUAAAAAGGCAUAUAGAUAGUGUAUACAUAUGUGUAUGUACAUAGGGGAGCCCCAUAUGUAUAUAGUAUGUUGUACACUGCACUUGUGCAAAGAAUCUCUUCAGAUCAAAGAAAAUUUAUCUCUUUUUAUAAAUUUAGGCAAACUUUGAAAAGACUUAGAAGAAUUUAGCUCCACAUUAUCCUUCCUGACCGUUUCCUAACUAAAUUUCUCAACUUUAUAGAUUUUUUUCAUCUACUUCCUGAAUUGUCUAUUCUACAUAAAAAAGUGAAUUCAAACAAAAUUUAUGUAUAAACACAGUGCUAAUUUUCUUAAGUGGCAGCCUCACAUCAUAAAUAUAGAUUCUCUGAUCAUUUUAGUUAUACUUCCUAUUUGAUAAAACCGUUGUGCAUACUUAAUGACUAUCAGUGCUGAGAAAGUAUUUUCCAUCUUGUUUGUUUUUCCAUCUCAUGUUGGGUGGUCCAGAGAGUUAAAAACUCUCUGUGUGUGUUGGUCUUUGUGUCUGUGUGGAUCUAAUCCCCCAUUAAGCAACCAUACCUCAAGCAGAUUUUAAUGGACCUUUGAUGCCAGUUGUGCCAUCCAUUAAGAUUAAAAGUUUCUUUUCUUGAGCAAAACUUUUCCUUUGGCACUGCCAACUCUGUUCUACAUGGGAAUUUUAAAUAGGCUUUUCCUCACUGUGUAUUAUGUAACACAAAUGUUUUUAAAUGCCAUUCUCACCCAAUGGGCCAGCUCUCCAAACAUUGCUUAGAUGCUCCAAAAUGAACAUAUUUUAAGUUUACCAUUAUGAUACCAAUGCAACUACUGUACAUAAGCCAAAUGUUUGUGGACCACUUUAUAUUUUCCUGAGGUUUCUCACCCUUCCAAAUCUUGCAAAUCACUGAAAGAAAUAUAUUCUAACUCUAAAAGUCACUGAACACUGGGAGGAAAAAAUAAGGUUAUUUUAGAGACCCAUAGAUUUAUUAUAAGCUUGUUUUAAAGAGGAACAAUUUCCUAAUCCAUAGAACAAGUAUCACCUAAAAUUGAAUUUUAUCUUUUUAGCAAUUAAUAUGUGUUACUCAUACCUAAAUUUUUCAGUACUUCAUUCAGUUAACAUAUGAAUUUUAAAUACUCUCUGUGGUGUUAAUGACAUAGUAAUGCUUAGUAUGAAAUUUAAAAGUCAUCCCACCUUAUGUGAAGUGAUGAAUUUCAAAUAAAUGAAUGAAUUAGUGUGAAAUCAACGUGUCACAUAUAUGAAAUCCCUAAAGGGUAAGUUCUGAAACAGAACAAUAAUAAAUAUCAUACUGUCAUGCAGGUCCAAAAUGUGUACUGUGUCAUCAUGGAUUCAUGUAAUAGAGAAGAUAAAAAAAUUAGAGGUGGAUGUCUUGUUUUGUGUCGUAAAUCACUGAAAACUCUUAAUAGUGGUAAUAUUCUUUUGAGUGAAACCACCAUUUACAAUUUUGAGUUAGAAGGGCUUUUAAAGUUCUUUUUUCCUCCGCACUGUUAAUAAUCUUAAUCCUCUUUCAGUAUUUUAGUGGCCUUGAACAACUGGUUUAGCUACAGUGUCAAAUCCUAAGUGUAUAAUUAUGUGCAAUGUUCAAUACCUCAUAUAAUACUUGUUUAACAGUAUAGUGGUAUCAAUGGCAUUGAGAUGGAAUUUUUGUUCUACAUAUUUUUCAAUAAUUUAUCCUUUCCAAUGUUGAAGAUUAUAUCAGGCUAUAAUGUUUUUUAGUUGUUUAAAUAAGUAAUAUUUUCAAAAUAAAAUGACCAAUGAUAUCUCUUGGAAUAUUCUGUAAAAUGUAGUUAUAAAGUUCUAUUUUCUACAUAGAGUUUUUAUUUUUUUCUCUUCUUUGUCUGUUUUACAAAUCAUGUAUAUGCAUGAAAUUACAUAUGAAGGUGUCCAACAUUUAGACUUAAAACUUUACUAUGCCAAUAUAUGUAUAAGAUCAAAAUUUACUUUCAGGUAGAAAGGACUAAAUAUUUACCAUCUUCCUAAGUACUAAAUAUCUCUAGGUAACUUGUAAAUAAAAAGUUUUUCCCAUUUUUACAUAUUUUCCCUUAAAAUUUUCUUAUAAUCUUUGAAAUUUUUUUUAAUAUAUAAGCACAACCUCUAAGGCUAAUAUCUACAAUGCUAGGCUUUUCUCAAGUGUCCAUAACAUGGAUUUUACCUGGCAUUUAACCUUACUUUGACUUACAUUAUUUCUGAGAUAAUUAUAUCAUAGGACUGAGAUUUUGUGAUAGUGAAAUUUACAAAUAUUACAACAGUAAUAUUUACAAGGUUAUUAAGAUUAUAUCAUAUAUUUAUAAAUUCCAUUUCAAUUUCCAAGAACUUUUACCUAUGCUGUUCCAUUUGACCCCUUUCAAAACAUAAUAAAUUAUAUUAGUCCUAAUAGUCUUAUGAGAAAACAGAAGCUCAGAGUAGAAAUACGAACUUUUUUUAGGGCCACCUAUGGCAUGUGGAAGUUCCCAGGCUAGGGAUCAAAUCGGAGCUCUAGCUGCCAGCCUACACCACAGCCACAGCAAUGCAGGAUCUGAGCCAACUUUGCAAUCUACACCACAGCUCAUAGCAACGCUAGAUCCUUAACCCACUGAGCAAGGCCAGGGAUCAAACCCACAUCCUCAUGUAUACUAGUUGGGUUCUUAACCCAUUGAGCCACAGUAGGAACUCAUAACCUUUAAAAAUUACAUAAUUGUCAGAGAUCCCACUGUGGCACAGUAGAUUAAGAAUCUUACUGCAGUGGCUCAGAUUGCUGAGGAGGCAUGUGUUUGAUCCCUGGCCCAGCAUAGUGGGUUCAAAGAUGUGGCAUUUCCACAGUUGCCGCAUAGGCUGAAGCUUGGAUUCAAUCCCUGGCCUGAGAACUUCCAUGUACUGCAGGUGUGGCCAUGAAAUUUAAAAACAAAACAAAACAAAACAUAAUUGUUGUUUUGGGAUCAGUUGCAAUAACGGGAGACUUUCAAGAAAGUCUUCCUACAACUAAAAUAGAAUGAUACUUGAAAUGCUUCUAUCCAUUGUAUUAAUUGGAGCUUUUCCAAAUACCAGAAGCAACAUCAAAAUAUAUGAUUAAAUAUAUCUACAAUAAUUACUUUUUAAAUUCUGGGUUUCUAGUUUGCAUACUGUUAAACAACUGGAUGAAGUGUUUGUUAAUUAGCAUUCACUUUGGUCAGUGUAAGUAGACAAAUAUUGGGGUAAAAAAUACAGCUCAUUGAUAAUAGUUUUCUUUUUAAAAAUAUUUUGGCGAAUGUUAUUUAAAUACGACCUUAAAAUACUGACAAUUCACUUUAUUUUUCGAUACAGAUUUCCCUGAUAAACAUUGUAAUAACAGAUGGUCAGACCACAGAUAAAACGAUGUCCAUUGAAAUCAGUGAAAGUAAUAUUCAGUAAAAUGUUUAUAAUUCUAUGCAAAUUAAGUUUGAAAAAAAUUUUUGUGCAACUGUAGUACUGGAGUAGACACAGUACUAAGGGAUUCUUAAAAAUGUUAGAACAAUAUAUUCACAUCUAUUGCCUAUUAAGUUUUAAGGAAUUUUUUUUCUAAGCUGGAAGCCUAAAAUAGCUUAAUUAUUCUUUUUGCUUUUUAGGGCCAUGCACUCAGCAUAUGGAAAUUCCUAGGCUAGGGGUUGAAUUGGAGCUGUAGCUACUGGCCUAUGCCACAUGCACAGCAACGCGGGAUCUGAGCUGCAUCUGCAACCUACACCACAGCUCACAGCAAUGCUGGAUUCUUUAUGCACUGGGCAAGGCCAGGAUUCAAACCUACAUCCUCAUGGAUACCAGUCAGUCUUAUUGUUAUCAUGGAGCCAUAACAGGAACUUCAAGUAAGUCAUUAAUAUGCCUCCUACAUGCCUGGAAAUGUGAAUGAUUAUCCAUCUCUGUAGAAUAUUUGACUAGAUAAGUUUACUUUUCAUUGUCAUUGGCUAAUUUGAAAAAAAUUACAUUCUGGUUUACCAUUGACUUCUUAGCAAGGUUACUUCAUAUGGCCUAUAAAAGUCUUUAUCACAAUGUUUUACCUUAGUGUGUUGUGUAGUGGGUUUGAAGCUAUAACAGAUAAUUACGAGAGUGCAGCAAACGAGCCAUGAAAAAUAAGGGAAAAGAGAGGAUGAACUGCAAUGCUCUUCACCAGUGGACCAAGAGAUAAGGUUAAACCUCUAUCCUGCAUGUGGUGGAGACCUAUUAGUCUUGCCAGAACUCAACCUUUGCUUAGCAAUGAGGUCAGAGAAAUAGUUCUCUCUUUUUGCUUAGAACAAUAUAGAUGGACUGCAGCUCCUUAAUUUACUUGAAGUUACAUUUUCCAUUGGGCUGCUGUGUGUAGAUACAGUUGAAGAUAACUGCUUUGACCUAGCUCUGCACAGGUCAACUUGGUUCUAAUCACAUACAUUCUUCUUAUGUCAUGUAAAUAAAUGACAGAGAAAAAAUAUUUUAUAGCAAAUAUUACAGUGGAGUUAAGGAUAUCUGCCUUGAAUGUGCAGUGCACUUACUUUCCAAGUUAAUCAUCUGUCACUAUCCUUUUAAACCCUUGCAAGUUCAUAAUAUUACUUUUGCUUCUGUGCACUAUGCUGUUCCUACUUUCACAUAACUUAUGACCUACUGGGUGAAAACUUUCAUUAUUCAAUUUUGCUCUUCAGUUUCAUUUAAAAUAGGUGUAUUAUCUGUCAAUUCUCAAGUAUGCAACACUUUUCCAGUGAAUUUCUCCUCAAAGGUUGUAUUUCUACACUUUAAAAUAUUGUAUAAUAGUAAUCUCACAUUAUCUUUUAAAUGCUACCUUUGCAUCGCCACAUAUAAAUGAAUAUACUUGACAUUUUUCUUUGUUGUAUUUUAGUCCCUUUAUAUUUUGAUAGUCUUUGAAAACACAUCAUGACAAUAAAAUAAAUUCAGUAUGACUAUGAAGCUUAUGCACUGUACAGUUACUUGAAGCAAGUAGAGAAAUUCUGCCUUUGAGCCUUCAUAAUUGGCUUUCUGGAUACCGCUGAAUUUGUCAGAUAAUCUUUUAAAAAUAUUAUGUGGACUAUUUCUAAUGAACUUGAAUUUACUCAGCAACAAGUUUUAUUUUUCCUAAAGUCAUUCCCCAGAUGAACAGACAUUUAAAAUAUGCCAAGUGGAAGCACUUUUUCUGUUUCUAAUAUUUUAUGAUUUAGGAAUAAAAAAGUAACUGCUCUUUUAGUAAAUAUGAGUUGCUAAAGCACUUGCCAAAUAACUUUGUGUUAGUUUAGCAGAUUAAUGUUUCUUACAAUAUGACUUUAAAAUUAUUCAGCAAAAAUUGAAUCAGUAUGUAUUCAACAUGAAAUUUUUAUUCCACCAAGCACUAAAAAAAUGGAUUUUUCUAAAUGAGAAAAUAUGUCUUCUGUAUUUUAAGCAGAACAAAUUUGAAUUUUGCCUCUGAUAAUAAAAUUUUGUACAGUAAUGUGUAAAUCACCACUGUCUUAAUUUUCUGACAUUUGCAGAUAAGGCCAAGAUAAAUAAUACCUUCCCCUUUUAAAAAAUUAUGCUUUUGUUUUUAAUUAAGGACUAAUUUUUAAAAUUCUGAGUGGACACACUGUAGAGGUCUGUGAAAAAUGAAAAAAAAAAAACACUUUCUUUUUUGACAUGGACUUUUUCAAAACUAUAUACUUGCUAAAGCAGGAAUAAAGAAGUAUGUAUUUGUGCUGCAUUAUAAAAUUCAAAAAAUAUCAAUUCAGUCUCCUUUCUAAUUACCAUGCCUUCAGAAUAAAUGAAAUGAUCUACAUUUUGGUAAAUGAUUUCACCUAAAAUGGAUUUUCAGAUUGCUUUUUAAUAGGUUUCUGCACUCCACAGACUGUUAGGAUCCCUGAAUUUCAAGAAUAGUUUUCAAUAACAACAUAACUGUUAAAUAUAAAUAAUCAGGGUGAAUAAGUAGUAUUCAAAGUAAAGUUUUUAAUGUCUUUGGGUUUUUCUCAUUCUAAGGAUUUUUCAUAGAAUAUUAAGACUUGACUCUGCCUAACACCCAUGUAGGCCUUGCCCAUAAUACAUUAUUCAGCCAUAGAAUAUUCUCCUUUGCAUGAGAAUAGGGAUAAGAAAUGGAAUAACUUUCAAACCAGAAUCAAGAACUCUUCUAUUAGUACUAUGUUCAGUGUCCACAUAUACUAGAGAUAUAUAGAUGCAUACAUAUGCAUAUAUCUAUACAUAAUAUAUACAUAUACAUCUCAUACAUCCAUAUGCAUGCAAUCUAUUUAUUUCUCUGUCCAAAUGUUUACUGUGCUGUAUAGAAACAAUCACAUAAAUGAGAAAAUGGUCACUGUAAAACAUGAAUUGGAGUAAAGGUAUCAUCUUUA